ACGCUGCCAGUCAGGCUGGGUGCACUACUACUAUAUGUCUCCUGCGCCGCCGUACGUCACUCUCCCUGCGAUUUUGCAGUCUGGGAUGAUAUGACCGCAUGUCUUCACCAGAAGUACCAUACUUCUAAGUAUUCCUGUUCAGUUGCAGUCCAUAUAUCCGUGUAGGACAUUGACCUGGCAGCCACAUUUGUUACAUGUGGAUGCUUCGGGACUAACUGAGAUUAAAUUUCUUCCUUUUUAUAUAUAAAGAUGAAGAGUCUCCUUGGCAUCUUGAUGCUCCUCACCAACUUAUUUCAUCAGUGGCUGGUUCAUGCAGAAUUUUUCACAUCAAUAGGUCAGAUGACAGACCUAAUAUACAAGGAAAGAGAUUUAGUACAGUCCCUAAAAGAGUACAUUCGUGAAGAAGAAGAACGCCUUUCUAAAAUCAAAAGCUGGGCCUCUCAGAUAGAAGAGCUCACAAGUAGAUCUACGUCCGACCCAGAGGGUUACCUUGCUCAUCCUGUCAACGCAUACAAGCUGGUGAAAAGACUAAAUAAAGACUGGCUCUCAGUUGAGAACUUGGUUCUUCAGGAUUCAACUAAAGGCUUUAUUGCAAACCUCACAUUACAGAGGGAGUUCUUUCCAGAUGAAGAAGAUGAGACUGGAGCAGCCAAAGCAUUAAUGCGUCUCCAAGACACCUACAGGCUCGAUCCAGAUGUCAUAGCAAAGGGGAGACUGCCAGGCACUGAAUUUGUUUCUUCCUUAUCCGUGGAUGAUUGCUUUGGCAUGGGGAAAAUCGCCUACAAUGAUGGUGACUAUUACCAUACUGUUCUAUGGAUGCAGGAAGCUCUAAAGCUGCUGGAUGAAGGGGAAAAGUCCACUAUAUCUAAAGUGGAUGUUCUAGACUAUCUUAGUUACACUGUUUUUCAGCUUGGAGACAUCCAUAGGGCGGUAGAGCUCACAAGAAGACUGCUAGCACUAGAUUCUAGCCAUGAUCGAGCUGGGACCAAUUUGAGAUAUUUCGAGAGAUUACUAGAGAAACAGAGAGCUGAAGGGAAAAUUAACAAGACUGCGGACAAGGAACCUUCCACCGCAAGUUCUGGCGUUUAUACCAGACCCCUGGAUUACCUGCCUGAGCGAGAUACUUACGAAGCUCUCUGCCGUGGAGAAGGAGUGAAAAUGACUCCUCGAAGACAGAAGAGACUUUUCUGUCGGUAUCAUGAUGGAAAUAGGAAUCCUUUACUAAUAUUAGGUCCUGUUAAGGAAGAGGAUGAGUGGGAUAGUCCACGUAUUGUUCGUUACCUGGAUGUUUUGUCCAGUGAUGAAAUUGAGAAAAUUAAAGAGUUGGCAAAGCCAAAACUGGCAAGAGCUACGGUUCGUGACCCGAAAACUGGAGUUUUAACCACAGCCAAUUACAGGGUCUCUAAAAGUUCCUGGCUGGAGGAAUAUGAUGAUCCUGUUGUUGCUCGGGUGAAUCAUCGCAUGCAAGCCAUAACUGGACUGACAGCUGACACAGCUGAGCUGCUGCAGGUAGCAAACUAUGGCAUGGGAGGUCAGUAUGAGCCACAUUUUGAUUUUUCCAGGCGUCCCUUUGACUCCAAUCUCAAAACGGAUGGAAAUAGGCUUGCAACAUAUCUUAACUAUAAAGAGGAACCUGAUGUAUUCAAGCGUUUAGGCACUGGCAAUCGUGUGGCUACCUUUUUGAACUACAUGAGUGAUGUACAAGCUGGAGGUGCCACAGUGUUCCCAGAUUUUGGAGCAGCGAUCUGGCCAAGAAAGGGCACUGCAGUUUUUUGGUACAAUCUUUUCAGAAGUGGAGAGGGCGACUAUAGGACAAGGCAUGCUGCUUGUCCUGUAUUAGUAGGCAGUAAGUGGGUUUCAAAUAAAUGGUUUCAUGAAAGAGGACAAGAAUUUCUAAGGCCUUGUGGAUUAACAGAAGUUGACUGACAUGCAGUAUAUGCAGCUAUCGAUUUUUAUUUUUAUUUUUUUUGUUCUUUUUUUAUAUUUUAAUUUUACAUUCUGUUUUUAGAACUUUUUGUAAUUUCUGUAACUCACUCCUGGCAUCCAGUGUGGUGAAACCGUGGAGAUCCUGGAAUUCCAAAGCCAUGCAGCCAAUUCCACUCAACCUUUAACUUGAUACAACAGAGAGAAGCCCAUAAGUAGCAAGAUGCUAAAAUAUAAUUUACUGUAAUUCUGAAUAGCAGUACCUAUAUUUAUUUCUCUUAUCUUGGGGAUAUACAGCUGAUGGCAUACAGAGAUGAAAUAUUGCUACUUAUUUUCUGUGUGUUGCGUAAAUCUGAAAUGUGAUCAAAACCAAGAUAAGAAGCACACCUAAAUAUGUUCCACCAGAAUUUUUUUUAAAGCAGCCACAACUUCUAUAUCAGGGUUUUUCCUGUUGUGCCCUUGGUGACUAUUGAUAUGACAACCUACUAAAAUCAUGUUGGUGGUUAUGGGGACAAGUGCAUUGUGAGCCAUGGUGUUGUAACUAAAAAUGUUUUCUGAUAUGGAUGUACAACGUUUCCUUUCAUUGUACAUUUUCUUAUGGGUCGAGGCAUUUGGUUGAACUGUUAAGUCUAUUUUUGUAAUAAUAAAAUAAA